UGCAAGCUAAGGUACCAGCCAAGCUACUCGACUCCUGAUCAAAUUCUGUUACCAAUGCAAUCCUGGAAGAGUGUCGCACGGGGACAAGACCUGAGAAGGCUCGCCGAACGCGCCAAGCCGCGUUUCCAUGUUCCAGGUGACUAAACAACUCGCAGAAAGGCCUCAUGACUCCGCUUUUCGUGGCAGCCUUCGACUACUAUCCCCUCGAAGCUCUGCGAAUUUGGAACGAAUGCCCGGCCUAUAAAGACCGCUAGUUUCUCGCCCCGUAUUCACCAGUCUGGUAGCGCGUACUAGGGUAGACCAGCACCAGAUAGACAAGAUGAUGCGUCCCCUCCUGUCUCUCCUCUCGCUCCUGGCCUCCUUUGCCUAUGCGGCGCCCGCUGCGCCCGACGCUCCAGGGUGGCAGUUCACCCUCAAGGGUAACUCCGGUAUUGUUGCACUCGAGGCCAUCGUCGUCAACCCGACGCUUGUCCUACUAUUCGACCGUGCGCAGAACGAUCCUCUCCAGAUCGACGAUCAUCCGGCAUGGGGCGGGCUCUGGAACCUCGAGCACAACAACAUCACCGCUCUUGAGGUUGUCACCAACUCGUGGUGCGCCAGCGGCGCUAUUCUCAGCAAUGGAACCAUGGCUAGCAUCGGUGGGGAUCCAACUGGAUUUCCCGGAAACCCCGUCAUCAAGCCUGGGAACCAGGCCAUCCGUCUUUUCGAGCCGUGCACGUCGCCAGUCGGCGAAGGCUGCACUGUUAUCGAGGACCCGAACCUCGUCCUCAUUGAGAAGCGGUGGUACCCAUCCGCGACGCGGAUAUUCGACGGCAGUCUCUUGAUUGUGGGCGGCAUGCACGAGCAGGCGGCGUUCUACAAUACGGACCCUGCGGCCAGCUUCGAAUUCUUUCCUCGCAAGGAGCAGACUUCGCGCCCAUCUGCGUUCCUGGAACGCAGUCUUCCUGUCAAUCUCUUCCCUCGCAUCUUCGCGCUACCAGACGGCACUGUCUUCAUGGUGGCCAACAACCAGACUAUCAUCUACGACAUCGAGGCCGAUACCGAGACCAUCCUGCCAGACCUCCCCAACGGCAUCGCCGUCAACCCACCUUCAGACGGCUCCGCAAUCAUGCUUCCGCUCUCCCCGCCCGACUUCACCCCUGAGAUCCUCGUCUGUGGCGGCUCUGUCUUCGACCAGACCCUUACUUCCCACAACUUCACCGCACAGCACCCCGCAUCUUCGCAGUGCUCCCGGAUUACUGUCACCCCAGAGGGAAUCGCUAAGGGAUGGGAGGUUGAGCAGAUGCCAGAGGCGCGCGUCCUCCACGAACUCUUGCACCUGCCGAACGGUCAGAUCCUGCUGGUGAACGGCGCAUCGACUGGUUUCUCUGGCUGGAACUCCGUCAACGACACCGUCGGGAACUCGAACGCGGACAACGCGGCGCUCGUGCCUGCGCUCUACACGCCCUCCGCUGCCCUUGGACAGCGCUUCAGCAAUGCCGGGAUGCCGUCUUCGGGCAUACCGCGGAUGUACCACAGCACGGCGACGCUGACUCCCCAAGGCAACGUCUUCAUCGGGGGAAGCAAUCCGAACAACGGGAGCAACUUCACGACCGGAUUCGAGUUCCCGACCGAGCUGCGUAUCCAGACGCUCGACCCGCCGUUCAUGUCUAUGGAGAGGCCGAAGAUCCUGAGCGCACCGGAGAAGUUGAGCUUUGGGAAGAGGGUGAGCGUGCCGAUCUCGCUGCCGAACAGCUUGAACAGGCAGGAUGCGAACGUACAAGUCUCGCUCAUGGACCUCGGAUUCUCGACUCACGGAUUCCAGGUCGGCGCCCGUUUGGUGUUCAUGGACGCGACGAUCUCGAACAACGGCAAGACGCUCUCCUUCGUGACACCUCCAAAUGGACGUGUGUAUCCUCCAGGCCCGGCCACGAUCUUCCUGACCGUCGACGAUGUGAGCAGCGAGGGUGUGAUGGUGAUGAUGGGCAGCGGGAACCCUCCGCCGACUCUCGAGUGAUGUGAUUGUUGCUUCAAGUUGAAGUCGGUGAACAGGUCGUGUUCCGCAGGAAGAAUAGAUCGCAGUUCUUAACUAUCAUGUAUUUGUAGGCUUAUGAGGGCGAUAUAUGCGUGCGAUGUAUGAAUUG